UCUCCCUCACGCCGCGCGCGUGCUCCUCCGUCAUUGAAACAAACCGCUGCGUUUUUAACUCCUUUUUCUUUUUCUUUUUCUUUUUAAUUAAUCUGAUUUAAUUUUGUGAUUGGACACAGUUUGUUUUUUCUCCUGGAUUCGCGUGAUUUAAUCCUGUGAUGUGACGGAGCCGCGGAGCUGAAGCACGAUCGACAGUGAGGAUGUCUUUGUGUCGUCUCCGCCCCUCGUCUCGUCUCUCGUCUCGGCUGCGUCAGGUCUGUGGAUUUGCGACAGCUUCGGGAGAACCUGCGCAGAGGUCGAGGCUGCGGGGCCACAGCGGGGAGCCGGUGUUCCAGUACGUGGGGCAGAACAGGAAGCCCAGCCACCGAGUGUUCGUCUGGGGCUUCAGCUUCACCGGGGCCCUGGGCGUCCCGAGCUUCGUGGUGCCCGACAGCGGCAGAAAGAGACCGCGGCAGUACCAGCUCACGCCGUACCGCCUGGAGACGCCCGCUCAGAUCUCGUGUGCAGGUUGUGGUUACGGCUUCACGUUGAUCUCCUCGUCCACCACAGACGCCUCCAAACUCUGGGGAAUGGGCCUGAACCGAGACUCUCAGCUCGGCUUCCAGCGCAGCCAACACGACCGCAAGCAGAGUUAUGAGUUUGUUCUGGAGCCGUCUCCGGUCGUUCUUCCUCUGUCGUCUCCUCUUCAGACCCGAGUGCUGCAGGUCGACUGUGGACGAGCUCACGCCCUGGUCCUCACCGACCUGAGUUCAGUUUUCAGUCUGGGGAACAACGCGUACGGACAGUGUGGCCGACCCAUCGUGGAGGACGAGGUUUACAGUGGCAGUCACAUCAUUCACAAGAUCCAGGGCAUCAGUGGGAGAGUUGUGCAGGUGGCGUGUGGGCAGGACCACAGUCUGUUCCUCACUGACCAGGGGCGGGUUUACUCCUGUGGCUGGGGCGCAGACGGACAAACAGGUCUGGGGCAUCUCCACACCUGCCCGUCCCCCGUGGAGCUGAAGGGGGCGCUGUCGGGCGUACAGGUGCGGCAGGUGAGCACGUACGCCGACUGCAGCCUGGCCCUGUCCGCCGACGGGCAGGUGUACGGCUGGGGCAACUCUGAGUACGGGCAGCUCGCCAUGGCAACGGACCAAGCCCAGGUGAGCUCGCCGCACAGACUGCCCCUCGCAGGCGUCGGCAGGGUGGUGCAGGUGGCGUGCGGAGGCUCGCAGGUGGCAGUGCUCAACGACCAGGGCGAGGUGUUCGUGUGGGGUUAUGGGAUUCUGGGGAAAGGUCCUCGUCUUUCCGAGUCGUCGGUGCCGGAGCAGAUCCCACCACAGCUGUUCGGACGCACAGAGUUUAACCCUUCGGUCGCCGUGUCCAAGAUCCACUGUGGACUGAGCCACUUCGCCGCCGUCACAAAUGGAGGAGAACUGUUCGUCUGGGGGAAGAACGUGAGGGGCUGUUUGGGCAUCGGCCACAGAGACGACCAGUACUUCCCCUGGAGAGUGACGGUGCCCGGGCAGGUGGUGGACGUGGCCUGCGGGGUUGACCACAUGGUGGCGCUGGUCAAGUCCCUGAUCUGAGACUCAAGAGACGGUUUGUCUGGGGCCCUUCGCACCGACCGCGGCGCCCCCCAGUGGACGGAGCAGAGCAGAGUCACUGGAGAAACUCUGUUCUUUCCCCUGACAGUGAUCCUGCACCUGUCACUCACCUGUCACGUGAUUCUGUGCUUGUUCAUCUGCAGCGACAGAGAAAACACUGAAUUUUUUGUCAGAUUGUUUCACGUGGUCCAGGACUCAGACACAUGAACCACAAACCUGAGUUUCCUCUUUAAAAGGUGUUUUGUGAGGACUCGUGUGUGUGUGUGAGUCAUGAGCAGAUCAGACGGAACGUUCUCAUGGACGUUCUAAUGACAACAGGAGAACUUAACACACAACAGUCACUUCAUCGGUGUGAAGGAGCCUCCAGGACGCAGGGAGGGGAGUGGGCGAGGGGGACAUGUCACACUCCGGUGAUAAUCACAGUGAAGUUGUGUGACAGGGAGCGGAGAACGUGUGAACUCUUUAUUUAUGCUUCUGCUUUUGGAACAAAGUCAAACCUGCACUUUCAGAAUAAACCGUUUGUGUAAAAGUGUUGAGUCUCUUCUGCAAAACCUGUGAGUCAUUUUCAUUAUUUAGAAAAAUUUUGAAAAUAUUGAGAGAUAAACAACUGUAAACAUAAAGACACAGAUCUGAUUGUAGAGAUGUAACAAUCUCCAAAUCUCUCAGUUCGAUAUUUAUUGUGAUAUUUUGAAGAGGCUGAUAUAAUUGUAGUCAGGAAAAUGUUUUUGUUUUUAAAAUACCCUGAAUUAUUUCCGUCAUAAUCCCAAGAAUUCAAGUUAAAAACAUAUUUCUUCAUGUUGUUUGCGCUGAAAUGAACAUGGGAAAUGUGGUUCCUGAUGUUUAUGAGCUUUUGGUGAUAUAAACAGUGUUGGGGAGUAACAGAUUACAUGUACCGGAGUAAUCAGAGUACAAAUGAUGAGUAACUGUAUUCAGUUACAGUUACUGUUUCAGUGAGUGGGAAUUGGAUUACAGUUACUUUGUUGAAAUAAAUGGAUUACAUGGCGGGAUUUUCCUGUUUUCACAUUUUGGGCUAAACCAGGACUAAACC